AUGAAAACAUUCUCUAAGAAAAAACUAGCUCAAACUUCUAUUCCGAGUAUUCUGCCAGAGAAAAGGCCAAAGAAUAUUUUCUCGUAUGUUUCCAUAAAAGAAGUGCCAUAUGCCAAUAUGUCGGAUGGGGAGGAGAAUACCGAGGCAAAGCAGGAAACUAUGCUGCAUGGAAAGUCUAGUAAUAAAAAAGAAGAAUCCUCUCGCGGAAAGCAGCUAAUUCUGAAUAUGGGGCAGAAGAAAUAUACUAAAUGCCAUGUGUGUGGGGUGAUGUAUUCUGAGACACUUCCUUCAGAGAUACGCCUGCAUAGGAAGUUACACAAGGCAUAUGUUUCAGAGCAGAAACACCAAUCAGAAGAAACAUAA